AAUCUCAAAUAUUUGAAUUUGCUCAGUUUGCUGCAAAUAGUCGGCCAUUGGUUGUUUGUCAAAGAGAAGGAAAACUUUUCUUGCACCACAACUGGAUACGGUAUGGACAUGAAAAGUUAAAGAAAACUUUAAUCGACGAUAUUUUGUCAAGCAAACCAUGGUUUUACGGAUACGACAGAUCUCAGUUUUUUUCUUUUCUUCAAACCACACAGAACACUAACUCAAGUCGACAAACAUGAAGAAGGGAGCUACGCAGAAGAGCAGGCAGUGGAACGUGAAAGGAGCCUUGCGGAUGGCUGGCAUCUUUCACUUCCUCCAUUCCUGUGGCUCCGCUUGCCUCCUUCCCUUCCUGACGCUCUACUUCCGGCACCUGGGUCUCAACGCCGCCAUGAUCGGAAUCAUCAUGGCGUCGAAGCACCUGCUCGCCCUGGUGUGGCGGCCGUUCUCCAGUGUCCUCUCCAGGAAGUAUGACAAACGGCGAACGGUCAUAGUGGGCUCGUUGCUCAGCUCGGCACUGGUGGUUUUGACUCUUCUGCUCUUCCCGUCCGCAGUAAUCCAAGCUGAAAGCGGACGGUGUAACGCUAGUCAAUCCGAUGCCGAUCCUACCGCGCUUCUAGCCACGCUAGAGCAGUUGACGACAUCGCAAUCAAACGCUACUGUUUAUUCACUGAAUCAAACUUCUUUAAGUAAAGCGCUUCUAGCCACGCUAGAGGAGACGACGACAUCGCAAUCAAACGCUACUGUUUAUUCACUGAAUCAAACUUCUUUAAGUGCUGAACAACCUUUCGAAGUUAACACAUCUGUAAGUCAGAACUGGUCAGCAAGAGGAUUGAGAUCUUUGAAAAAGGAAGGUCUUUAUACUGAGUUCCUGGGGAGCCUGAAAGCUAUGGAUGCCCAACACCAGAUGUUCUUUCUGGUUCUCAUAGUGAUGGUAUUAUGGGAGUGCAUGGCCGCCCCGUUGGAAUGGACGGCAGAUGAUGGACUGUAUGAAUACUUGGAUUUCGUAGAUGCCACCGACCGCUAUGGUGUUGUGAAAGUCUGGAAGCAACUUGGGGCGGCUUUUGGCAACUGUGCAGUUGGUGUUCUAGUAACCAGCCUGUUUUGUCUAACAGGAACUUCAGUGGAGUUUUAUUCCUAUACCGCACUCAUGAUCCUAACCAUACCGAUUGCCGCCUUACUACCAAUCUACCUCCGAAAGCGUGACCGCCUCACUAGUGGCGGCUUUAAGGCACUGCAAUUGGUGCAUGGAAACUCACAGGCGAUACUAUGUGCCAUCACUGUUGUUUUGAUGGGCAUGGUGACCUCAGCUGUGUCGGAUUUCCUCCUCUGGCAGAUGCAGGACUGCGGCGCGACGGAAAUCCACAUGGGAAUCUCUUUAGCCCUGAUGCACCUUAGCCAGGCUGCCUUUGCUCCACUUUCUGGGCAUCUCUCCCGGUUUCUUAAGUACCACGGUUGGUUACUAGUACUCGCCGUCGUCAUUUUAGCCCUGCAGUGCCUUUAUUAUUCCUUCUUGUGGAGCCCGUGGGCCGUAAUACCCGCUCAACUGAUGGCAGGAUUCAGCACAGGCGCCCUCUGGUGGUCUGUAACAUCGCAAAGCGAAGACAUCGCCACUCCAGGCACCGAAAAGACCAUUUUAAGGCUGUUUGAGGCACUUUCUCUGGAGCUGGGAGCUGCAUUUGGUAGUCUGAUGGCCGGCUUCGUUGUGCAAAAAUUUGGGCUCAUGUUGCUUUUCCAAGGUGCGGGGGUCGUUUUGGCUUUGUGGAGUAGCGCUCUUGCUGUACUCAAGUGGAAGAUUCCUCGGCAGCGGCGGAUAAACUACUCGCGGUUGCUGGCCACCGACACCGAGGUCAGUGAGUCCGAGUCGGACCAGGAGAAAGAUUGGCUGGAGACAGCAAUGGAAGAUGACAGAGGGAAAAUAACUGGACAAUGGAAAGUAAAGUAAAGAGUGACUUGUUAACAUCUACAGAGAGCAAUUUAAAAGAACUGAGAGUAAAAUGACACUGAAAUUGUUCAUUAAACUUUAAAAAGAAAAUCUUACUCAGUAUUUUUUUGUCUUGUUUUCCAUGUAUCAAAAUAUUCUUAAAUCAAGAUUUGUUUACUUGAGAAGGAAAAUUACUCAAAUUUAAGUAUGUUUUUGCUUAAAACAAGACAAAAAUAUGUAAAUGGGGUAUGAAAUAUAAACUUAUUUGAAAGGGAAAACAAGAUUAUUUUUCUUAUUGCAUUGACACCCCAUUUCUUUUUCAGAAAACAAGACUCAGUAAUAUCAAAAGUCAUUUUUCCUAGGAAAUGUAUCUUGAUUUAAGAAUGUCUUUAUUUGUAAUGGAAA